CCGGCGGGAUUGCCCCCGGGGGAGGGGAGCUCCGCUACCGAGGGCGGCGGUACUGCCCGGGGCGAUGUUUGCUUUGUCUUUUGUGCAGAGGUAUUCGCUUUAUCUUUAGCGAGGCGAAGGGUCUCUCCGGUUCUGCUCGCUUUCAAGGGCGAGGAGAUGUAGCCUCUCUUCCUCGCCUCAAACCGGCGGGACUCGGAGGACAGUUGAGGGGGUUGAGCGCCAAAUUUUUCCCUAAUCAAAUAUGGUGGAGGCGGCGGGAAGGGGCGGGAGAUGGUGCUGGCUCCGGGUGAAACGAGAGGGAAAGGUGAGCCGUUCGGACCCGUCCGGGCUCUGCCUCCCCGGCGGCGCGCCCGGCAUGGGGCGGGCAGGGCAGGGCAGAGCAGAGCGGAGCGGGCAGUGACUGGUCAGCGCUCCGCUUCGGCUGCCGGCUUCUACGCGUGUCCGGUCUUCCGUUUAUUAAACUGCAUUCGUAGUUGAGGGAAAGAAACGGUGAUUUUUUUUUUUUUCCCUCCGACUUAGUCUGAACUAUGUGUUUUCGUCGAUAGUUAUGGGUGGAGAUGUAUUUGUAGGAUGGGAAAAAAAACCCCACACUGUUAUACCUGUCACUUCGUGGUUUAUGAACAGCGAAUAUAGUGGUUUGGGAAAGACUUAAGAUAUUAAAUCAUAAAACAGGUACUUGUUUUCAAGAAAUACAAUGGACAACCUGAAAAAAGUUUCUGACAGCUCUUGCAAUGAUGGACUUCUACUUAGAAUGGGCCUUAAUGAUAACAAAGCUGGAAUGCAGGGUUUGGAUAAGGAGAAAAUCAAUAAAAUCAUCAUGGAAGCUACCAAGGGUUCUAAAUUUUAUGAAAAUGAACUUAAGAAAGAUCAACAAGUUAACCAACGAAUUGAAAAAAUGAUGCAGCUAAAAGAGAAAAUUACAGCACAACAGCUCUUGAAAGCACAGGUGCAGGUGGACAAACUUGUGAUAGAACUGGAACAGAACCGUAACCUUAGCAGUACAAUCGUACACAUUGACAUGGAUGCCUUCUAUGCAGCUGUGGAAAUGAGAGACAAUCCAGAGCUGAAGGAAAAACCUAUAGCAGUGGGAUCAAUGAGUAUGUUGUCCACCUCAAAUUACCAUGCUAGGAGAUUCGGGGUGCGUGCAGCCAUGCCUGGAUUUAUUGCUAAAAGGCUAUGUCCCCAUCUAACUAUAGUACCACUAAACUUUGAAAAAUACGGCAAAGUGAGUAAAGAGGUUAGAGAAAUACUGGCUGAAUAUGAUCCCAAUUUUAUGCCUAUGGGCCUAGAUGAAGCCUACCUGAACAUAACAGAGCACUUGGAGGAAAGGCUGAACUGGCCUGAAGAUAGAAGAAGGUUCUUUUUUAAUACAGAAAGCACUACAGGAACAGAUAAAGAUUGUGUGAAUAUGUCUGCCAAAUUUAACGAAGGUGAAGUCUCUUCUUCACCAGUGCUGUUUGAAGACAGCACAUCUCUGAUGGAUGACGAACAUGAACAAAGAGGUCUAUCAGUGGAAAACUCAGUUCUCUUUGGAACUUCUGCAGAGGAAGUUGUGAAGGAAAUUCGCUUUAGGAUUGAGCAGAAAACUCAACUGACUGCUAGUGCAGGAAUAGCACCAAAUACAAUGUUAGCAAAAAUGUGCAGUGAUCGUAAUAAGCCUAACGGCCAAUACAGAAUUUCUCCUGAGAGACGAGCAGUGCUAGACUUCUUAAAACAUUUGCCCAUUAGAAAGGUGCCAGGUAUUGGAAAAGUAACAGAGAAGAUGUUAAAAGCACUCGGAAUUGUGACUUGCUCAGAACUUUACCAGCAGAGGGCUCUGCUUUCUCUUCUUUUUUCAGAAGUAUCUUGGCGUAAUUUCUUGGGUAUUUCCCUUGGUUUGGGCUCAACACAUUUGGAAAAGGAUGGAGAAAGAAAAAGUAUGAGCACUGAAAGAACAUUCAGUGAAAUUAACACAGCAGAAGACCAGUACAGUUUGUGUCGAGAGCUCUGCAGAGACCUUGCUCAGGAGUUACAGAAAGAGGGACUUAAGGGUAAAACUGUUACAUUGAAGCUUAAGAAUGUGAAUUUUGAAGUUAAAACCAGAGCUUCAACUGUGCUGUCUUCUGUUUCUACUGAGGAGGAAAUAUUUACUGUUGCUAAAGAUUUGUUAGGAACAGAAAUUGAUAGUGUUGCUCCUCAUCCUCUACGGAUAAGACUUAUGGGUGUACGAGUAUCAGGAUUUCUAACUGAAGAAGAAAAGAAAUACCAACAAAAAAGCAUUACAAGUUUCUUAAAAUCAGGAAAAGAAAUUGGUUACCUUAGGCUUCAGCCAGAGAAGUCCAACCAAGAGUAUUUCACAAAAAAUUCAGGAGCACCUCAUAGAGGGAGUUUUUUUGAUCAAAAGCGAGCAGCAAGACAACUAAACAGUGAGAAUAUUUCUCCAGAUGAAAGCAGAGGUAAGCAGCUCUUUCAUGAUGAGAGAUCAUCAGCAAAUAUUGUGGAAGAAACAAAGAAAGUCGCCGAUUUACCAAAUUCUAAUGUUUGUAAGAUCUUCACCUGUCCUGUGUGCUUUGAGAAACAAAGCAGCAAUAAUUUGGAAGAACUUAAUAAACACAUUGAUGAGUGCCUCAAUGGGACAUGUGUUAAAGAUACUGUGGAAAUAUCCAAGAAUGACAGUUCAAGAGAAAAUACAUCUAACUUUCUUCCACAGUUUAAAACUGAGUGGGUUGAUAAAUGUCAAAAAAAUGAAACAGAUCAAUUAUCAGGAACAGACCAGUCUGCAAGUGUAUCUGACAGCUCUACUGACAAUAGCACAGAAAAAUUUGCUCAGAUAAUACCUGAUAAAUCUCCCAGAGAACGACAGCCUAGCAAUCUCAGUGACAUUGCUAGAAAUGUGUGUAUGAAACAGUGUCUCUUCCACAAACAAAUGUCACAAGACAAUGAAGACCAUUUUGACAAGACUGAAGAUAAAGAAGGAAGUAGUUCAUCCUGUUUCUUUGAAGCCAAAGAAGACAGUGUUCUUGUUUGUCCAGUUUGUAAUUCAGAACAGAAAACCACCAAUCUUAUGUCAUUUAACAGACAUGUUGAUAUCUGCUUAAAUAAAGGCCUUAUCCAGGAGCUGACAGAAAAACAGGAUUUUCCAACUAAGACUUAUAAUAUGGAAAGCUCAAACAGAGUUUUCUCUGGAGGUUUAAGCAAAGGACAGCAAUGCACAAAUCCUUCACAAGGAACAAAAAGUGGACACAAAAAUGUGUUAGUCUCACAGUUACACAGGAAAAGAACAAGAACUCAGAGCACUAUCAAGCUCUCAUUGUUACUGAAAAUUACUUCAGUAAGAGUUGAUUGACCAGAUCUGAAGGACUCAUCAUGGUGAGAUACACAAUGACUUCACUAUUUAAAAAAUGUUUAAAAAUCUGUUGAGUGAGAGGAUUCGUCCAGGAUACUCAGACAAAUGCUGUUUCAUCUUUGGCCUUUCCAAAGGGAAUGAAAACUUUUUUACAGUUUGAAAUUGUUACCAGUGAGUAGCACUAAAUUUACUUUAAAUAAAAGGUUUCAUGGUGCAAUAAUAAUGAAUUACGUGCAAAUACAAGAUAAUGAACUUUCUCAUUGUUUAGCUAUCUUUCUCUUUUAAAUUAUUUUGUAUUGCUGAAUAAAGUGUAUUCUGUGAGUGCAUAUGUGGAAAAAGGAAUGUAAGUGCAAAUAUUUAAAAUGCUCUGUUUAGAUUUUUUUUCUGUUCACACCAAUUUGUUUAAAGACAUUUUAUUAUAAUUAAAUAUUUAUCAGACAAAUAAUUUAUUAUAACAGCAUAUUUCUUAGACGUUAUACAAACAGUGCCAAUCCCUGUAGGAAAUAUAAAUUGCUUUUUUAACUGCAAGGUCUUUUAGAGAAGUGGCUGCUGUAGAAGCAUCUAUUUUGCUGUUCAACUGUAUUGGGAUUUCCUUGCUUUUAAUCAAACAAAUGUAUACAUGGUAUGUGUUAGAUGCUCAAGCUCAGUUCAGAAUAUGCUUUCCUGUUUCCAGAAUCGCUAGAAUGAUUACACCAUCUCUACCUGCUUAUCUGUUUGUUUGUCAGAUGCCACUGUACCCACAGCUCUGUCAUUUGAAUUCGUGUCAGUGCUCCCUUAUCUUCUUUGGACCGAAUCAGCUGAACUAGUUCAAACUUUAAAUUGACUCAGUCAACUUUGUCAAACUGUGUCAGUGAGCACUCAGCAUGAGCUAUUCUGUUGACAGGCAUGGGAACUUCUCGUAGGAGAGACAUAAAAGCAACUGAGGGAACAUAAGUCUGCCAACUGCUGUUUAGAAAGUGAACACCUAUCCCUUUUAGUUUGUAUCUCUGAUUCAAUAAAGUGUAAAAUCUUAAGUAUUA